GGGGAUUCCCCUUGAAUCACACCAACAGUGGCUUUGUUUCUGGAGAGAUUCAGUAAAUCUUUGUUGACAGAAUGAAGGACAUCCAAGGUGUUUAGCGAGGCAAAUGCAACACUUGACUGACUGUGAAUACUGUGGCUGUUAUGCUCAAUUGCAUGCUGGAGCUGAUAAACUACGCAAACCCCGUCCUCAAAGCCAACACUCAAGUGCGUCCUUGACGUUUGGCCAGCUGAUGUCCUUGACGUUUGGUCAGAUGAUGUCCAUGAUGUCUGGUCAGAUGAUGUCCCAGGCCCAGGGCGCCUCCGGGUUCCAACCAAGAUAUGAUGCUCAUGAACAACCUGCCAAGAAAAUAAUGCAUGGAACUUGUAAAUGUCCUGGGUGUACUUUUCCAAAGCAAAGAGAAGGUGACAAGAUCUGUAGCAGGACAUGUGCUAAGAAGUUCAACGAUCUUCAAUCAUCCUUUCAACAACAAAAGGUUGCUGCCACCAAGAAGACACUAGCUCCAGCAUUAGGAGGGAGUGGUCAACGUUCUCAUGGUGCUGUUCUGUCAUCAGGUAACCAGGCAACUUCAAGAUCCUCCGGCUCAGGAAGGCAGGUGGUGGUCAAAGUGUUGUUUCAAAACGUAAAAAAAAAAGAUAUUGGCCUCAUUGUCGGUGAAAAGACGUACAGAUGUCCCACAUUUACUGGGCUGCUGGUGCUUGGAUUUGAAUACAAUACUAAAGCUGAACACCUGAUUAUGAGUGGUGAAGUACGUGUGCUGGAUGUGAUCACUUCAUUGAACGACAAAGAAGUCAGCCCGUUAACCUAUAAAGAAGAAGCAACAAAGAAUAGGUCAUGUUCUCUGGAACUAAACAGAUCAAUUGCACUUCCUCAACUUAAGCCACUCAUGGACAACGCCAAAUACUGUAAUCCAACCUUUCUUGUUGCUGUUCAAAAUCCGAGAGAAUAUCAGAAUUGUUCAACUCAAAAAGGAUUUGGACUGACUGUCAUUUCUCAUCUUACUACCACCACUGUGAGUUCUGUGACAAAGAACUCGCCAGCACGAUUUAGCGGACUAGAGUACGAAGAUGAGAUAAUUACCUAUGGGUUUGUGAAACACUAUGUGUUGGAAACAGGGACAGGAAUGUUGUCCAAUGUUGAUCUGGAUCUGGCUGCAAUAGUUAGAAAAACACUUGUCUUAGUUGUAAAGAGACCGUGAAAACUUUACUUUUAUACCUCUAUGUACAGUUUGUCGGGUUUUAUUAUGAACUGUCGACAGUCAGUAAA